CAUAGUGCUCAACUGGCUUAAAGCUUUCCUUAUUUUUGAAAACUGAACCAUCUACUCAACCGAAGAUGAAAAUGCCAUUGCUGGCCAGCCAUCUCCUGCUAAUCUCCAUUACGUCCUGUCUAGGAGAGUUCACAUGGCACAGAAGAUAUGGUCAUGGAGUUUCUGAGGAGGACAAAGGAUUUGGACCCAUUUUUGAAGAGCAACCAAUCAAUACCAUUUACCCGGAGGAGUCGCUGGAAGGAAAAGUUUCACUCAACUGCCGGGCACGAGCCAGCCCUUUUCCGGUUUACAAAUGGAGAAUGAAUAAUGGGGAUGUUGACCUGACAAAUGAUCGGUACAGUAUGGUAGGAGGAAACCUUGUCAUCAACAACCCUGACAAGCAGAAAGACGCUGGGGUAUACUACUGCUUGGCAUCAAAUAACUAUGGGAUGGUCAGAAGCACGGAGGCAACCCUGAGCUUUGGAUAUCUCGACCCCUUUCCUCCUGAGGAGCGUCCAGAGGUCAAAGUGAAGGAGGGGAAAGGCAUGGUGCUUCUCUGCGAUCCUCCAUACCACUUCCCAGAUGAUCUUAGCUACCGCUGGCUCCUGAAUGAAUUUCCUGUAUUUAUCACAAUGGAUAAACGAAGAUUUGUGUCUCAGACAAAUGGCAAUCUCUACAUUGCCAACGUUGAGUCUUCCGAUAGAGGCAACUACUCCUGCUUUGUGUCCAGUCCUUCUAUUACAAAAAGUGUGUUCAGCAAAUUUAUACCUCUCAUUCCAAUACCUGAACGAACAACAAAGCCAUAUCCUGCUGAUAUUGUAGUGCAAUUCAAGGACAUAUAUACCAUGAUGGGCCAAAAUGUGACUUUAGAGUGUUUUGCUCUUGGAAAUCCUGUUCCUGAUAUCCGAUGGCGGAAGGUGCUAGAACCAAUGCCUAGUACUGCUGAGAUAAGUACUUCAGGGGCUGUCCUCAAGAUCUUCAACAUCCAGUUAGAAGAUGAAGGUAUCUAUGAAUGUGAGGCUGAGAACAUUAGAGGAAAGGACAAACACCAGGCAAGAAUUUAUGUGCAAGCAUUUCCUGAAUGGGUAGAGCAUAUCAAUGACACCGAGGUGGACAUAGGCAGUGACCUCUACUGGCCUUGUGUGGCCACAGGGAAGCCCAUCCCGACCAUCAGAUGGCUGAAAAAUGGAUAUGCAUAUCACAAAGGGGAACUGAGACUGUAUGAUGUGACUUUUGAUAAUGCUGGGAUGUACCAGUGCAUAGCGGAAAACGCAUACGGAUCCAUUUAUGCAAACGCCGAGCUCAAGAUCCUAGCUUUAGCUCCAACUUUUGAAAUGAAUCCCAUGAAGAAAAAGAUCUUGGCUGCUAAAGGAGGAAGAGUUAUCAUUGAAUGCAAACCCAAGGCUGCACCCAAACCCAAGUUUUCAUGGAGCAAAGGGACGGAGUGGCUUGUCAACAGCAGCAGAAUACUUAUAUGGGAAGAUGGUAGCUUGGAAAUCAAUAAUAUUACAAGGAAUGAUGGAGGAGUAUACACAUGCUUUGCAGAAAAUAAUAGGGGGAAAGCUAAUAGCACUGGGACUCUGGUGAUCACAAAUCCCACACGAAUCAUUUUGGCCCCCAUUAACGCUGAUAUCACUGUUGGAGAAAAUGCUACAAUGCAGUGUGCUGCGUCCUUUGACCCGUCCUUGGAUCUCACGUUUGUUUGGUCCUUCAAUGGCUACGUGUUAGAUUUUAACAAAGAAAACACAAAUAUCCACUACCAGAGGAAUUAUAUGCUCGAUGCCAAUGGGGAACUGCUCAUCCGAAAUGCCCAGCUGAAGCAUGCAGGAAGAUACACAUGCACGGCGCAGACCAUCGUGGACAAUUCUUCAGCUUCGGCUGACCUUGUUGUCCGAGGCCCCCCAGGCCCUCCAGGUGGCCUGAGAAUAGAAGACAUCAGAGCUACCUCUGUGGCACUGACUUGGAGCCGUGGUUCAGACAAUCAUAGUCCUAUCUCUAAAUACACUAUCCAGACCAAGACUAUUCUCUCAGAUGACUGGAAAGAUGCAAAGACAGAUCCCCCGAUCAUUGAAGGAAACAUGGAGGCAGCAAAAGCGGUGGAUUUGAUCCCGUGGAUGGAGUAUGAAUUUCGGGUGGUAGCGACCAAUACUUUAGGUACAGGAGAACCCAGUAUACCCUCCAACAGGAUCAAAACAGAUGGCGCUGCACCAAAUGUGGCUCCCUCAGAUGUAGGAGGUGGGGGUGGAAGCAACCGAGAGCUGACAAUAACGUGGGCGCCUUUGUCAAGAGAAUACCAUUAUGGUAACAAUUUUGGUUACAUUGUGGCAUUUAAGCCAUUUGAUGGAGAAGAAUGGAAGAAAGUGACAGUGACUAACCCAGACACUGGUCGCUAUGUCCACAAAGACGAAACCAUGACCCCUUCCACUGCGUUUCAAGUAAAAGUGAAGGCAUUCAACAACAAAGGAGAUGGGCCCUACAGCCUCAUCGCUGUCAUCAACUCAGCACAAGACGCUCCCAGCGAAGCCCCCACAGAAGUAGGGGUGAAAGUCCUAUCGUCUUCAGAGAUAUCUGUUCACUGGAAGCAUGUUUUAGAGAAAAUCGUGGAAAGCUAUCAGAUUCGGUACUGGGCUGCGCAUGACAAAGAAGCAGCUGCACAUCGAGUCCAAGUCACUAGCCAGGAGUAUUCAGCCAGGCUAGAGAACCUUCUGCCCGACACCCAGUACUUCAUCGAGGUGGGAGCCUGCAACAGUGCUGGAUGUGGCCCUUCAAGCGACGUGAUUGAGGCCUUCACCAGAAAAGCCCCUCCCAGCCAACCACCAAGGAUCCUCAGUUCUGUGAGGUCUGGCUCCUACUAUAUAAUCACGUGGGAUCAUGUUGUUGCCCUCUCAAAUGAAUCUACGGUGACAGGAUACAAGAUACUCUAUAGACCAGAUGGGCAGCAUGAUGGCAAGUUGUUCUCAACCCAUAAACACUCCAUAGAAGUCCCAGUCCCCAAAGGCGGAGAGUAUGUUGUCGAGGUUCGAGCACACAGUGAUGGGGGAGAUGGAGUAGUGUCUCAAGUUAAAAUUUCAGGUGUGUCCAUGCUGUCUUCGAGUCUCCUCAGCUUGCUACUGCCCUCCCUUGGCUUCCUAGUCUACAUGGAAUUUUGAAUGUUGUGACAUCUGCUGUUCCCAGCCCAGCUCAGAGGAUGCCCUUCAUCCUGGGAUGACUGUAAUUCCUUCUAAUCCCUGCGGCUCCAUCCUAAACCAAAUAAAUUAGACUCUAACAAGCUAUUCAACUGAUUUCCAACACAUUAUGACUGAGGCAUUCAGGAACCCCUUCAUCCAAAAGAAUAACUUUUCAAUGGAAACAAAAUGAUUUUUAACUCGUUCCAAUAUGCCUUAUAAACCAUUUAACCUGAUUCUGUGAAAGUUGCAUGAUUUAAUUCAAUGGACAAGUUACAGUGUUCAAUUCAAUACCAUAGGCUGUAGAGUGAAAGUGAAAUCACCAUACAUGGGUGCUUUACAUUUAAUGACAAGUUGUGAAAUUUAAUAGAGGUUGAAAUGUUGAUUGUAUGUGGUAUGUGUAAGAGUAAUGCAGUCUCUUAUAUUAGCCUAUCUGUUUGGGGUACUACGUACUUUUGAAAGACCCCCGCCAUUCAUCAUAUUUUGAGUUUUCCAUAAAACUAAAACUAAAACAAA